AUGACACAAUGGGCAGAUCGUCGACGUCGUUUCUACAGUGUCGCCUUCUUCAUCAGCAUCCGUUCGAUUCUACUCACCGCACAAGUCAUGUUGUUGGCGCCCAUCAUACGCUCCAAACAACGCGGCAUAUAUCGGACGCAUAGAGUUUUGAGCUACCUUUCAUUCUUCUUACUGUUGACUAUGUGCACCGCCGCACCCUUCCUGUUGCGCAUCAUCGCCUCGACAUACGCAAGUGUGGGUGUACAAUAUGACGCACUCUUCGUGCGAAUUGCCAUGAUAUCGCAAGUUAGCGACAUCAGUAUUGUCUUAAUCACCAUACUAUCGCAGAUCUGGCAACGUCAGCGCCUGUGUGGGUUUCUCAAUCGUAUGCAAGACACUGUGCAGCGUGUACGCUCCAUAUAUGGGCGAAACUUCGUGAGAUUACGUGUACUGCUGCCGCUUUGGUUGCAAUUGGGGCUGACGCUGUACGAUGUGUUGAUGCAGCUGGUCUUUCUGGUGAAGCUGGCAAUCAAAAUCGACCCUUGGCAAUUUGCCGUCAACUUGGCAUCACUCUAUUUGCAACAGUGCCGCGCCACACUGCAGCUACUAAUUAUGGCAUCGAUACUAUUGCUGACCGCAUGCUACGCUCAGCUGGCGCUGCGCUUGGAGGAUUUCGAGCAGAGCAAAAUUGUUGAGUUUACGUACUUCGAGGAUUUGGUAGCGUUGCAAAAGGAAUUGGAUGAACUAUUGGCGCGAUUGCAGUGUGUAUUCCAGCUGCCGCUCCUUCUGCUGGUUGCCGGUGAAUUCAUCAAUGUGUUGGCGAAUUUGUAUGCUCAGCUUUAUUAUUAUGUCAUAACAAAAGCCUGGUGGUUUGCUUUCGUUUUUUACUAUGCUAAAAUCAGCGCUGAACUGUAUCUACUCAUACACACGGUGUACUUCUGUUGUGUGCUACGCACAGUGAUAACACAUCUCUUCCUCGACCGCGAGGUGGACUUUGAAGACGCUCCUGAGACUUCCCGUUACGAGCUAACCCACUCGGAUGUAAUGUGGCCGCAACCAACUCAGUUUUUCAUCCUCGGCCUUUUCGAGCUCAACAAUGAGUUUUGGCUGUUCCUUGUGACUUACUCAGUGAACUUCAUAGUCAUUAUUUUGCAAUUUGGGUUUUUCACGUAA